AAUUCAUAAUAUGAAUAAUUAACUACAACUGUCGUCUAUAUCUGUCAGGUGUCAUCAGUAGUGAGCUUGCAUUUACACGGGAUAAAAAUUACACAAAAGUAAAGUUGUAAACUGCUUAAUAGCGAAUUAUUCAGCGGAAAAAUAUUUAAAAACAACAAUAUGGCUUCAAACGGUGAUAUUGAAAGUCUAGAUGCUAGCGGCAAAAUCAUUAAAAUGGAAGUGGACUACAGUGCCACUUGCGAUGAGAAAAUACCAUUAUGGAAAUCCUGGGCUUCUAAUGGAAAAGUGCAGGAGGCUAUAGAUCAGCUACUGGCUUUGGAAAAACAAACAAGGACUGCUGCUGAUAUGGCCUCCACUGCAAGGAUUCUGGUCACAAUAGUACAGAUCUGUUUCGAGGCCAAGAACUGGACUGCUCUUAAUGAUCACAUCAUUCUUCUUUCAAAGAGAAGGUCACAGUUAAAACAAGCUGUUGUGAAAAUGGUUCAAGAAUGCUAUACAUAUGUAAACAAGACCCCGGAUAAAGAGACUAAAAUAAAACUCAUAGAAACCCUCAGAACUAUAACGGAAGGAAAAAUCUAUGUAGAAGUGGAAAGGGCCCGUCUGACUCAUAUCUUGGCCAAAAUGCGCGAAGAAGAAAACAAUAUAGCAGAAGCUGCAAAGAUAAUACAAGAAUUACAAGUUGAAACUUACGGCUCUAUGGAUAAGAGAGAGAAAGUAGAGCUUAUAUUGGAGCAGAUGAGGCUGUGUCUAGCCAUCAAAGAUUAUAUCCGUACACAGAUUAUCUCAAAGAAGAUAAACACAAAAUUCUUUGAGGAAGAUGAUACUCAGGAGCUAAAAGAGAAAUUCUACCGACUCAUGAUAGCUGUUGAUCAACAAAAUGGUCAAUAUCUCUCAGUGUGCCGUCAUUUCCGAGCUCUCGGACAAGCUGGCGGGGCAGAUGCUCUGAUUGGUAGUGUGGUGUUCCUUAUAUUGGCACCAUAUGACAAUGAACAGGCCGAUCUUACUCAUAGACUCAAUGAGGACAAAGAUUUGGAUAAACUGCCCGAGUAUAAACAACUUCUCGGUUUAUUCAUAACUCCGGAGAUCAUAAGAUGGAAUACAUUAUGCUCCACCUAUGAGAAGAUGCUGAGGACAACUCCCUUCUUCCAGAGCAAUGAUGAGAAAGGUCAAGAGCGUUGGAAUGACCUCAAGAAUAGAGUUGUCGAACAUAAUAUCCGCAUCAUGUCAAUGUACUACACUCGUAUAACGAUCCAACGUAUGAGUGAGCUUCUCGGUCUUAGCGUCACUGAGACGGAGGACGCCUUGAGUCAAUUAGUGGUGAGCGCGGUGGUGAAAGCCAAGAUAGACCGACCAGCCGGCGUCGUGCACUUCAGAUUAAAUAUGGACGCGUCCGAUCGUUUGAACGAAUGGUCCCGCAACUUGAACACGCUGAUGCAGCUCGUCAACAAAACAACUCACUUGAUCAACAAAGAGGAAUGCGUUCACAAACAUUUGUUAGCGACGUCCGAAUAAAUAAUUAUAAAUAAUUUUCUAAAUAUAUUUUUAUUUUAUUUCAACAUUGAUUCUAUUGAGACUCAAAACUAAAUUUGUUAUUCGUUAUAUAGACUAAUUUGCGUUUCGACACUAAAUCGUUUGUGCAAAGAAAUAUUUUAAAAAGGCAGUGUCAUAACAAUACGAAUAGAUAAUAAAUAUUACUUGAUUGA